AUCAACUACUGCACUUGCCUGUUUCAGCACUUCAUGAUAGCCACGUGCUCGAUCACCGGUGACGAAAUGACGGUGCACUGGUGGGUCUCGAAUCGCAGCUCUGUAGUUCAACUGUAUUCCGCCAAUACUCGACAUAAGUUGCUGUCCGACUCCCUACAUUAACCUCGGACUUUGUGAUGGCCGAAACAAAGCGAUCAAAGAGCAAGUCUGAACACAAGCAUAAACGAAAGCACAAAUCAGACAAGGAGGGCAGCAGCAAGAAGGCGAGGAAAGAGGAUGGCGAACACAUCCACAUUGUUGACGAGAAUGCCGACGACGACGACAUGUGGGAGGAGAAGAACAUUGACAUGGACGGCGAGAAGCCUCUCGCAACAACAAUACCUACCGCGGAGAGUCUGAAGUUGACAUCGCGCGCUGAGGCCAAGCCAGACGACCCGCCGCUUCCGCCUUCAGUUCGAGCAGAGACGACGCUUAAACGGGACGAAUGGAUGCUCAUGCCUCCCUCAACCCCGACUGUGCCUGAGGUCGCCUCUCGCAUGCCGGACGUCGAUGAGGAGCCCUUGACCGAGGAUUACGGAGAACCGUCACAGAACGCGCGCAAUAUGGCGGGCAACGUUGACUACUUCUCUGGUCUCGGGACUGAGCGUCAGAAGAAGCCCCGGCCCGAUCGUCCUGACCCUGACAAGCCUCAUAUCAGCCAUAGGGAACUGAAUACGGCUCUUAAGGAAGGGAAGAGCAUAGAUGACAUGCCCGCUGCUACUCCCAAACCCAAUACUCCAGGUGGCCCUGGAUCACAAUGGCGCAUGAUGAAGCUGCGGCGUGUGUACGAGCAAGCCGAGGAGGAGGGCAAGGCUAUCGAGGACGUUGCACUCGAUCGCUUUGAAUCCUUCGAAGCCUUCCGGGAGGCACAGGAAGAACGGCGCAUCCUCGAUGAGCGCGAAGGCCGGCGCGCUAGUCGAGGUGGCGGCACGGACCGGAGGGACAAGGGCAAGGGGAGGGUAGGCAAGGAGGAGUAUGCGCCAGGCGAGACGCGUCUGAUGUUUACCGACGUUGGCGGGAGCGCUAUGAGUGGCCGGAGCACAUCGUUCCGCCGACCAGACUUGGGCGCACGCAGUGCUGGACCUGCGACGCCGACACCAGAGACGAGGGCAAAUCAUGGGAAGUACGACACGCUACGACUCUCGUCUCAAGGGACACCUUCCGGCGCCUUGUCUCAUACGCCCAUCCCCUCUGUUAUGACGCCGUCGGCGUCCCUCGCCGCUUCGCUUACUGGCUCAGGGCGAGCACUCUCCCCGUCGUCUCUGAACCGCCUCCAAGCCAAAGUCUUGCGUGCUAAGCUCAUCGGGGCAUCAGAUACGGAGGCCCUGGAGAAGCAAUACGAGGAAGAAAUGCGGAAAGCGAACGGAGGCGGAGAAGGUGACAACGUCCGGACCAAAGUCGAGGUGCUCCCGACCCUCGACAUCCGCGGCAACCUGUACGACGUGGGCCAGGGCAAGGAGGACGUUCCGUUGGCACCCGGGAACCGCAAGAAGAGAGAGCAGUUCGAGAGCCAUGAUCGCAAGACGGGCGAGCAGAUUCGGUACAACGCGGAUGACGACUCCAUCACGCUGGGAGAAAUGCUCAGGCAGGAGCGCAUGCGCAAUGGCCCUGCGGACCAAAAGAAUAUGGAUAUGGAAUAUGCGAAACAGAUCAUGACAGAUAGCGGCUUCCAGGCUGACAAUGACUACAUGGAUGACAAUGCGGAAAAGCUGGGUAGGAAAAAGAUGCGGUCAGACGCGAUGAAGCGUCAGUUUGCUAUCAACGACUAUAAACGGACGCAGAAGGUCCUCGCAACUUGUCCAUUCUGCUUCGGCGAGAAUGACGAGAUCCCGAAGGCACCGAUCAUCGCUAUGGGCACGCGAGUGUACCUGUCAUGUACUCCCACUGAUGAGCUGGUGGACGGGCAUUGCCUCAUUGUUCCUAUACAACACCAUUUAGCCAUGCUCGAAGGUGACGAUGACGUAUGGGACGAAGUCCGGAACUUCAUGAAGUGCCUGAUGCGCAUGUAUGCAGAAGAGGACAAGGGUGUCAUCUUCUACGAGACAGUCAUCAGCCUCAAGUGGCAGAAGCAUACCUAUAUUGAGUGCGUGCCUCUGCCAUGGGAGCACUUCGAGCAAAUCCCUGGCUACUUCAAGGAAUCCAUCCUCAUGUCCGAAGCUGAAUGGUCACAACACAAGAAGCUCAUUGACUUCUCAGCGCGCCCGGGUGGUUUCCGACGCGCCAUGGUACCCAACUUGCCCUACUUCAUGGUCCAGUUCGACUACAAAGGCGAGAAGGGAUACGGUCAUGUCAUUGAAGGGACUGGAGAUACGGGAGCGACCGGUGACGCUGGCGAUGAGGACUUGGACGAAGGAGAGAAGGGUGGUGGCGAAUUUCCCAGAUAUUUCGCUGGCGAGAUCAUUGGCAACGUUCUGGAGCUCGAACCCCGCAGAUGGCGGCACCCGAGACGUGUCGACUUCUACCAGAACAAGCAACGAGUUGCUAAGUUCAAGCAGAAGUAUGACAAGUUUGACUGGACUGGCAUGAUCGGUAGAUCAUAAGCUCAGCUGACACCUUUGUACGUGUAGUACCAUUGUAUUGUGACACACGCGUUUCGUUGCGUUGGAUGUGUAUCUAUAGCUGAUGCUGCACUGGCGCUCAUCAACACUGCGGACGGUGCAUUCAGAGACUUUGACUACCCUUACUUGUGGUGUUCAUGAAAACAGUGAAACCGAGUUCCCGCAA